AAUGGAACCCAGAGAAAUAGAAGCUAUUAAGACCACAUCCAGUCUAAAGGAAAAAAUGUUUCUAACAAAACAUAACAAAUCAUUUCUUGGAAUAUGUUGGAUUAGUUUGAUGAUAUUUCUCUUCAAUUCAAUCUACGUUUUUGACAAUGAAAACACUAAAUUGAUCAUGCAGGAAUCUGAGAAUUUGUUUUACCUCUCAGUAAAAAAUGUCAACACAAACAAACAAAAAAUGACUAUGAAACCAAAUGAGAGUCAGAUUUAUGCGAUGUCUUUGAAAGAGAACUUUACUACAUACAAAAAACAAAAGAUGGAAAAACGAAGUGAAAGUAUGUUGACACCUGCUGCUUUUAGCACAAGAGAACAUAUAAAUAUAGUGCAUGAAGCAAUGUUUGAAAUGAAAAAUGAGAGUUUGUACAAAGAACAAACAACAUUCGAACCAAAUGGAACUCUUACCAACACAAAAUAUAAUACUACGUUGACAGUCAAAGAUGUUACCAUUCAGCAGAGGAAACCGCUAACACUAAAAAUCCAUACACAAAAUUUACCACAUCAAGUCACAAAUCAACAUGAUGAUGAAUUCCUCAUUAACGAACACAUGGUGUGCGACAUGAAAACGGAUCUCUUGGUAAUCAUCAAGACAGCCCCAAGUCAUCUAAAACAUAGGGAAAUAAUUCGUAAAACAUGGGGAAUUAUUACAAGAAUGAAUGGAUUCUCUUUACGCCAUAUAUUUCUCCUGGGUGAUGCUGGCUCAAAGAGUGUUAAUGAUGCAAUUCAGAAUGAAAGUAGAAUUUACAGGGAUAUCAUUCAAGGGGACUACAAAGAUGCAUAUAGGAACCUUACACUUAAAGUAUUGCAAGGGUUAAAAUGGGCCACAGAUUUCUGCAAAAAUGUAACAUAUAUCCUUAACACUGAUGAUGAUGUAUUUGUUAAUAUUCCUUCACUUUUAAUUCUUAUCAAAAAGCUACAGUCAAAUGGAGAACAGCAAAAUGGAUUAUUUUGUAGUGUUUGGGUUAACACACGACCCAUACGUAAUCCUAAUAGUAAGUGGUAUGUCACAAAAACGCAGUUCGAGCCUAAUAAAUAUCCAGAUUAUUGUUCUGGAAUGGCUGUUUUGUAUACAAAAAAUGCUGCUUUUGCAAUAUACAGAGCAUCUUUAACUGUUCCUUUUUUCUGGGUGGAUGAUGUGUACAUUACUGGGGUUUUAGCAGCUAAAGCUGGGAUACCUCAUACUCACAUUAAACUUGGAAUUGAAAAUUGGAAUUUCUGGCCUAUGAAAAGUGAUCCUAAGAAAUUUAUUGCGAUUGAGCUCAAAAAGAUUCAAGGCAUGUUAGAAAUUUGGCAAAACAUAAAAAUGCCGUAAUUAAAAACAUACUGUGUUUGUUUAACAUUUCAUUUAUUUUGAUCUAAAAGUCUUACAUCUAAGACAAAUCUCUAAAAGACUGCCAACCCACAACAUUUUACCCCUUAGACAGUUCACCCUUAAAGACCCAUUUUUUUAAGUUUAGUACAUGUUAUAAGAUUUUAUAGUAACUUAUACAAAAUAUUAUAUUGAGAAAAGAUUAACAGAGAAAAAAAGUUUUAAAUUUUUUUCUAAAAGUUUUUGCCAAUGCGGUGACUCGAAUACCCUUAGCCCGAUUUUGUUCAUAUAUGGUACACAUAUACCCUAUGGGGGUACAAGUUCUGCUCGAAAGCCGAUUUUCAAAUUGGCCACUCAACAGUAUAUCUUCUGGACAUUUCACUUCACAAUAUUUAACCUCCUGCCCAUUUCUAUCCCUGUACCUUUCACCAAUGGACAUUUCACCUUUCACCCAUUUGAUCCCCAUACAUUUUAAUCCUUGCAGAUUUCUAUCCCUGUACCUUUCAUCAAUGGACAUUUCACCCUUUACCUAUUUGAUCCCCAUACAUUUUAAUCCUUGCAGAUUUCUAUCCCUGUACCUUUCACCAAUGGACAUUUCACCUUUGACCCAUUUGAUCCCCAUACAUUUUAAUCCUUGCAGAUUUCUAUCCCUGUACCUUUCAUCAAUGGACAUUUCACCCUUUACCUAUUUGAUCCCCAUACAUUUUAAUCCUUGCAGAUUUCUAUCCCUGUACCUUUCACCAAUGGACAUUUCUAUCCCUGUACCUUUCACUCAUCGACAUUUUAUCCCUACACAUUUGAUCCACUAUACAUUUCACUAAUGUACAUUUCACCCCUGCACACUCCUACACAUUUUAGUCGCUGUAGAUUUUAUUUCCUGCACAUUUUACCCCAUGGACAUUUCACUAAUGAACAUUUUACUCCUGCACAUCUGAUUCCUUGUACAUAUCACCACAUAUAUACAUAUCAGACAUCAGAGGCAGCUAUUGUUUAUGUUGUUUAUUUUACAUGAUAUAAUAUCAUGCUCUGAAAAAGUGCUUGUUUGACUUAAAAAACUC